AUGUCGCAAGAUAACAAGUACCGCGCAGAGUCCCCCAGCGAGCACUCCUCACGUGGAAACGUCGUUGACCACAACGCUCCUAACGUUACAGACGACAAUGGCGUACAAAGGACCAGGAGAGCGCCUCUCAAUGGCGAGCCUCAUGUGAUCAAGGUGCAGCCUCUCAAGCGAAGCGAGAUGCAGCCCUCGUAUGCGCAGGACCUCGGCACAUCUGAGGUGACCCAUGGCGUAUAUGGCAAUAUGAUACAGGCAUUGGGCUCUUGCGUCGGGUUCUGUGGCGCUAUCCCCUGUUGCCCAUUGCCUAACCCCUUCCGCAACAUCCCUCAAGGCUCCGUGGGGCUUGUCAGCCGCUUCGGCAAGUUCUACAAGUCCGUCGACCCCGGGCUCGUGCAAGUGAACCCCUGCACGGAGGCCGUGCGCAUCGUCGAUGUCAAGAUCCAAAUCGUGUCGAUUGGCAGACAGAAGGUCAUCACGCGCGAUAACGUCGACGUCGAAAUCGACUCCGUGAUGUACUUCCAGAUCACAAGCCCCUACCGCGCAGCCUUCGGGAUCACCGACCUGCGCCAGGCCCUCAUCGAGCGCGCCCAGACGACACUGCGGCACGUCGUCGGCGCGCGCGCCGUGCAGUCCGUCGUGACCGAGCGCGAGGCGAUCGCGUUCGAGAUCGCCGAGAUCGUCGGCGACGUCGCGGACAAGUGGGGCGUCGCGAUCGAGGGCAUCCUCAUCAAGGACAUCGUCUUCGGCCCGGAGGUCUCCGCCUCGCUCUCGUCCGCCGCGCAGCAGAAGCGCAUCGGCGAGUCCAAGGUCAUCGCCGCCCGCGCCGAAGUCGACGCGGCCCGCCUCAUGCGCCAGGCUGCGGACAUCCUCGCGUCGCCCGCCGCGAUGCAGAUCCGCCAGCUCGAGGCGCUCCAGACGAUGGCCAAGACCGCGAACAGCAAGGUUGUGUUCGUGCCUAUGCAGCUGCAGAGCGAUGUUGUCGGCAAGAUGGCAUACCAGGGUGAAGCGUCCGGCUCUGGCUCGGGUAUGCUUAGUAGCGAAGCUGGCGAUGGCGUCGGCGCUGCUGGUCGCGCGGGGCUUCUUAACAGCGUCUCGCAAAUGUAA